AUGCCUACCACUGAAAUAGCAGGUUUCUCUCUAGUGCGAGACGUCGACAUCGAUGAUCCGGAUACAGACGCGGCCGCGAGGAUUCAGGAAUGGAGUGAAUCGAUAGUGCAGCAGGAGGGACAUCAAGAGUCGUGGUAUGGCAUAGUUGCAGAGAAGAAGGAUGAGUUGGUUGCUGUUAUAACAUGGGACAACAUAGAAGCCCAUAUCGCAACUCUCAGACGACCCGACUAUAAAGCUGUAGCCGAACGCAUCAGCACAAUCUUCUCCGGCCCCGGCUACAUGCACCACAUCGACUUCGAGCCCUACGAACAACUCGCGAAAGCCAUGACAGCUUCCAUGACAGAAAUCGCAACCUUCUACUUUGACGAUGAGCCGCCUGACGGCUAUCUCGAUCGCUUCCAUCAGUUCUGUGAGGCGGCCGCGAAAGAGGACGGAGCAAGACCUUUGGCGGCUGCAGCGGGCAUCACACACGAAGAGGUGGAGUACGAGGAUAUUAAGGGAAAUGCAGCAGUGUUUGUGGCAGGAUGGGAAUCGAUAGAGGCGCAUAUGGCCUUUCAAGGUGGCAAGGUAUUUAAAGAGCAUAUGCCAGGCCUGAUGGAUGGGGUGGAGAAGGUGCAGAUGCAUCACGUAUCGUUUCGGAAAGUGUAG